AUGGACAUGGUUCUCGACCGUCUGGAGCAGUACGCCAACAAUCUGGAGCUGCUCGUCGAAGAUCGCACGGCUGAUUUUCUUGAGGCAAAACGAAAGGCCGAAGAGCUGCUCUAUCAACUGCUGCCAAAAACGGUGGCCAGCGCUCUCACCUGUGGCCAGCCGGUGAUUCCACAGUCCUACGAGCAGGUGACCAUCUACUUCAGCGACAUUGUCGGCUUCACGUCGCUUUCAGCCCGCUCCACGCCGCUGCAGAUCAUCGACUUUCUCAACGACCUCUACACUACCUUUGACUCGAUCAUCGAGGCCUUCCAGGUGUACAAGGUGGAAACCAUUGGCGACAGUUACAUGGUGGUGAGUGGACUUCCAGUUCGAAACGGUGAUAAUCACGUGGUGGAGAUUGCCCGCAUGUCACUGGCCCUUCGAGAGGCGGUCAGCAGCUUUACCAUUCGCCACAAGCCUGAAGAGCAGCUCAAGUUGAGAAUUGGCAUUCACAGUGGCCCCGUCGUGGCGGGAGUUGUAGGGCGGAAGAUGCCUCGAUACUGUCUGUACGGCGACACGGUGAACACCGCCUCGAGGAUGGAGUCGACGGGAGUUCCGCUGAGAAUUCACGUCAGCUCUGAGACGUGCAAGAUACUGAAAAAGUUUGGCAGUUUUGAGCUGGAGCUCCGUGGGCAGAUUGAAAUUAAGGGCAAGGGCCGCAUGACCACAUACUGGCUGACCGGAGAAAAGGAGGGUGCCUUUACAGCUAAUGGCAUUGCUGAGGAUGCUGAAGCCGAGCCACUGUUGGCCCCAAAAGAGCAGGAAUCCCCCUCUUCUUCCUCUUCUGUUGCCGGUGACUUGUUGGCAAAGAAUCCCAAUCCAGCAGAGAAUUUGUCAGAGAAUUCUCCUUCUUCUGUUCCAAAUGAUACAACUCAAACUCCACCACCGCCACCACCACCAACUCCAGCUCCAUCUCCCUCACCUGCACCGGAGCUUCUUCUGAGCAACAAAGUUGGGCAGAAGUCUUCUAAAAACAGUAGCUCAAAA